AAACUCGGAAACUUUUUUUUGUGGUUUUACAGUUGUCUUGAUAUCCUGAUAGGAAACAAAUACAUAGCGAAGUUAGUUUAACGGAUAACUUGUUCUGUCAUAAUGAAAAAAAUCUAAAGGAAAUGGGAGAUCAAUUGCAGACUACUUCUCUACGAAAAGCAUUACUGGUGGAUGUAAGAUCUUGAGAACUGAUGAAACAACACUAAACUUGUUAUGAGACUGUAUCCACACACACACACACACACACACACACACACACACACACACACACACACUGAAAUAUUGUAGUUAAACCCAAGGGAUUUGACUCCACACACAGAUGACUGUGGCACCUGCUGCUUUGUGUGACUGCCUUAGGAGCUGCCCCAUGCUAAUGUAAAGGAGUGAGAUCGUACUUAUAUAGAAGGAUGAGUAGCCUUAGGCAGUACUUCACCAAUGCGGUCAAAGACGUCAUCCCUUUGGGGUCUCCUCGUCCUGAACCCUCAUCGGCCCUCUCCUCCAUCCAGGAGACCGAGAUGGAACCUUCUCAGCCCCCCGGACACCUGUCCAACCCCAACACUUACCCCCUGCCCAAACCCAGGGCGAAGCCCGCUCCUGGCCUGCCUCCUCACCCUCCCCACCUGCCAGGGGUACACCACAGAGCCUCCCGGGUUGGAGUUGGGGGUGAAGCCAAGGAUGGCCCGGCCAACUUUACAAACACCCUAAUCAUGAAAACCCAGCAUUCCCACAGCCCUGUGACCCCUGACCCCUAUAGGGGCAAGCACUUUAACACUUGGGGUGGUAUGGGAAGGGACAACCCACUGUCGCCGUCCUCCCUUCCCCCAUGCAGAGUCAGUGCCCCCAGCAGAAGGGGGGACUAUGGAGUGGUGCUGAGGGAAGACAUGAACAAGAAACUCAAGAGUCGUGGUUCCCUGGACCACAGAGGAGCCACUCCCUCUAACAAGCAGUUCACUAAAGGAGGCACCAGAUCCAUGUCUCUGAAGAGACUCAGACACCCAGACUUGGAGGAGAGAAACAGAGGAAGAGGAGAGGACAUGGCUAAUAAGAGACUUCAUCCAGAGGACUAUAUCCCAGACCCUAUCAGUACCUGUUACCCACCCGAUGGAACAGCCAGUUCUAAAAUGUCCACCAGCCCCAACCCAUCCUACCUGAAGAAAGUCUUCAUGAAGAACAAUCUGAGCUCAAGUCCUUCUCUAAGGUUGAAGGAGAGUUUCACCCCUAAGAAGACAGAGGAAGGGAUGGAGAGAGACAUGAGUAAUUUCCCGACCUAUCCACUCUCCACACCCAAACCUGCGAGGAAGCGCUGCACCGGCCAUGGAAAGACGCCAUGCUGCAAUAAUGUGAGGGAGAACGGCAACCCUCAGGCCGGAUACAGGGGAAUGAAUCACCAAUCUGGCAACCCAGCCAACCUGCCAGUCACAAUCCUUAGUAGAGGAGAAUGUAGUAGAGCUAAAGAGACCAGAGAGCGAGAGAGUGGAGGAAGAGAACCGACAGUUCGCCCCGACGGGAGAACCCCCAAACCCGACUCAAAAUCUCAGAGCUCGGAGUCGAACUGCCCUAGUUCUCGGUGCCAUCAAGCAUUGGAAAAGAAGCGACACGUCUCUCGCCCACGGAGAACGUCUGCCUUGCCGGAUGACCUGAAUGACCUUUUCACCCCUGACCCCAUAACCUCUAGCCUGUCUAGAGCAGUGAUGACCUUUUCUCCCAGUCCCCAGAGAGGAGACAGGUCGCCCUCUGUACACAACAAGGUUCCUCUGUCUGUUGUGUUGGCUACUGUCAGUGAUGCUAGUAUGGGACCGGGGUCCCCCUAUGUAACAAGCCCUAGAGAAAUCCCCCCAAAAUCCCGCUCACAGCGAAUCCCAUGUCCCAAGAUCUCUUCCUGUACGGACACUGCAACGGACCCCUGUAAGCUACUCCUGGACCCCAAAAUCUACUCCUCCUUUGUAAGGCUGGAGUUGAGCAGGAAUGACUUGACUAAACUAGAGACCGGCUUGUACAGAGCCAUCACCAGCACUGUAUCUUCCUCAGGAAAGCCCUCGUCCCCUAAGGAUGUCACCUCAGGACCGAAAACAAGAUCUUCUGGUAUUGCUUCAGCAGAGUUGGUGUCAACUAUGAAUGAGGAUGAGAAUGCCUACCUCAAGACUGAGUCCUCCGUUCUGAAAACUAUCCCCCUCUCAGUCUCUGCAAAGUCCUCAUCCUCAUGGAAGGACAAGUCAUUUAGCAUGGAGACGGCAGACCUCAAAACCAGUCCCUUCUCAACCCUGGACCAACAUGGACAAGGAAAGAAGGGUGAAGAGAGGAAGGGAGGAGACCAGAAGGUCCAUAAGAGUUUAUCGUUCCUUAAGGAAGGAGAACAAAGAAGCAACAAGAACAAUUCCCGUAAGAGUCUGGAGGGGGACCCUGUGGAUGUGGAGUUGAGCCUAGGCCUCGACCUGAGCCUGGGGCUAGAGUUGGCGCUAUCCCAGACCAGCAGCAGCAGUGACGAGGACCAGCUGCCGUCCCUGCAGCAGAUCCUGUACCGUACCGCCUGGCCCCCAGACACCCCAGAAAAAGGAACCAUCCCUGCACCCAGCAUCCCCGUUGGGCUCCCACACCACAGCCAACCACCAUCUUCAUCUAAAGCCACCAGUUACAGGAACAACCUGGAUGAGAUGCUGAAGGAAAAGGAGGGCAUUCAAAGGUCUAAGGAGAUGGAAGCCAAGCUGCAUCUCUCCUGUAAGGAGAAACUGCUGAGAUUGGCUGAGGAAGAGGAGGAGGAGAACAUUGAGGAGGCUAUCUCGCAGCAGCAAAAGGAUUUCCUGCAGCGUUUCUCGGUGUUGUCUAGUGCCAUCCAGGACCUGCACCCCGGGGAAGCGGUGUUCAACCUGGACAACUUUGGGCGUCUCUUCAGCCAACACACACUGCAGCUGAGACGCUGUAACGUCACCCCGUGUGACACCACACAGAAAACAAUCCUAUGCUCCUCUCCAGACCAGUUCAGGACCCAGGUCAGUUCCCAGCUGUUCCAGAGAGCCUACUGCUCCUCCCCCUGUCCUCCCCAGGUGACCCGCUGGCUCUUCCAGAUGAUGUCAGUCCACUCAGACAGGCUGACAUGUCAUCAGGUACUAAAGGCCCUUGGAGAUAUUGCCUGCUCCGCUGCUGAACACAUGGUGCUGAAUAAGAGUGAGAGGUUUGAGGUGUGGGUGCCCAGUAUUGGAGACAUGACCCUGGUCUUCAUGAACAUGGGGGUUCCCUUUGUCGCCCUUUUCCCCCUGGAGAACCUACAACCCCCCUUCACUGAGGGAGACCUGAUAGAGGGCCUCCAGAUCAGCACAGAGAGCCUGUCCAGCAAGAAGGAGAUCAGCACUUUCCCUGGACACAACUUUGACAAUGUCAUCAAGUACAUGUGUCAUUGCACGUCGUUGUGCCCGCGGGUCUACAGUGACGGAGAACUGUUGUUACUCCUGACGGUGGUGAGCAGAGUGGGCCUGGACACGCAGCUCGCCCUCCAGCCCACUGAGCACCUCCGCUCCCUACUGCACAACCUGGUCAACAGCAUAAGGGACUUGGACAUCAUGCUACCCAGGAUCUGCAUGUCGCUGAUUGCCCUGACUGAGGACCACCACAACUUGCGCUGGCUGGUUGAGCUCCUGCCAGACAGCAUGCGCGGCAAGCAACUCAGGAGACACCUCAGUGUGUCAGCCAUCUCCAAGCUGCUAAACAACAGAUGCACUUACAUUCCCUCCAACACAGAGUUCCAGCUGUCAGACCUGCGUCCCUACCUCUCCCAAAUGCGGCCCUCCUCACUCCUCCGGGGGCUGGCCACCUCCUGCUACAGGAGGAGUCACCACCCACACAGAGAGCGGGAGGAAGAGGAGGACUGUGCCUCCCUGGACCAGCAGGCCUACUACCUAUGCUACAGCCUCCUGGCCUUGGCCAACGAAGCCACCAACUUUGAGUUCUUCCCUUCAGAGCAAAAGAACCAGUUGUUGUUGCUAAGUGCUGAGCUGGAGAAACACAUCAAAAGUGACAUCAGGGAGAGUGAGAAGAUGCUUUACAGGAGCAGGGUGAAGGACCUUGUUGCCAGGAUCUACACCAAGUGGCACGCGCUGGUCCAGAGAACCAGGCCUCUCCAGGAUAAACUGUAUGACUUCUGGCAGCCUCCGCCUGAGGAUGCUGUGAGCAGCAGCCAGGAGAGCCAACACUCCCACAGGGAGAGCGACGGGGAGGAAGAGAGAGAGGGGGACAGGGUCAUGGAGGUGGAAGGAGAAGAAGAUGAGGGGGACAAGGUGAGGAUUGCAGUGAAGACUUUGGCGAUGGAGGAUGAGAGCGAUGAGAAAGAGAAGACACCAGAAAAGCUCAUAGUCAUGGAGGAAGCUGAGGAAGAAAAGGACAUUCAGGGGGAGGAGGAAGAUACAUUCCUAAAGAUGGAGGAGAUGGUGGAACUUACGCUCGAGGAUUCAGAUGAGGAACCAGAUAUGGAAGACAUGGUGGCAGAAAGGACAGAAGUAGAACUGAGGGUCACAGAAAAGAGGGAAGCACCGGUGGAGGAGAGAAGGGAAGAACAGACGGAAGGGAGAGACUGAGGAGAGAGGCAAUUUACAGAAAGAUUCAGACAUGGGGCAAAGAGGUGGAGAAUCAAGGGAAGCAGAGAGAAGCACCGAACUGAAGGAAGAGACUGGGAGAAGCACAGAGAGGAGGGAUGAAGAUUAUAUGAAGGAAGGAGGCAGAAAGAAACCAAAGAAGAAUGCAAUGGAAGAUAACCUGGCUGCUUCCAUAUAGAAUUGUGCCUGUCGUCUAGACGACCAAGAUUGCAUCCAAAAUGGCACCCCGGCCUAUUCCCUAUGUAGUGCACUACUUUUUACCAGGUCCCAUGGGGCUCUGGUCAAAAGUAGUGCAUUAUAUAGGGAGCAGGGUGCCAUUUGGGACUCAACUGUCUACAUGUUCCACUUUCUCAGGUAAAUCACUUCAAGUGAACAAACGUCACAUGAUUUCUUUCAGGCACUUUGUUGAACAAUGCAAAAGAUGAAUCCUAGUAGGAUUGACCUACCUAUAUAUAUUUUCACCUGUUCUGUUCAUUCCUUUUACUAUUUGCACUUGUUUUUUUGUAACAUUUCUGCUGUUGAAUAACUUAUAUUUCCAAAAUACACUUCAUAUUGCAGUUGCAGAAGUGGUAAAAAAUAAAUGUAGUUUGUCAAACAAA